AUGGAAGCUGCUAGGUUAGCUGCUGAAGAUGCCCACAGACAGCAUAUGGAGGCCCUCCGCCAACUAGAGGAGAAUAGGACGGUUGUACCCGCCUCCGGUGCUGAACCACGACCUGCAGUUAGGGAGUGGAGCUUGGAAGACUUUCUGAAGCAUCACCCGGCGAAGUUUGACGGCAAGACUAGUCCUGACGCCACAGACCAAUGGCUGAAGGACCUGGAGCGCAUCUAUGAUGCAAAGAUGUGCCCCACAGAAAACAGACUGGCGUUCUUUGUGUAUAUGCUCACGGGGGAGGUGGAGCAUUGGUGGAUCAACACCAAAUCCAUCACAGAGGAGAGAGAUGAGCCAGUGACGUGGGAGGCUUUCAGAGAGAGAUUCCUCUCUGAGUACUUUCCAAACAACAUCCGUUACGCCAAGGAGGUGGAAUUCCUCCAGUUGACCCAGGGAGGGAAGACUGUGACAGAGUAUGCUGAGAGAUUCAAGCACCUCAGUCGCUUCUAUACACUACCACUUGAUGAGGAGUGGAGAUGCCGUAAGUUCGAGAAUGGUCUCUGCAGUGAUAUCUGUUUGAUGGUGGCCCCUUUGUCCAUCAAGGACUUUGCCGCUCUAGUGGAGAAUGGCAGAGUGAUGGAGAAGAUGAAACGUGAGGUAGAAGGCCAGCGCCCACAACAGCCACAACUGCCUCAGAGGAUUGGUGGACCAUCUAGGUCCAAACCUAGGCAUGAGGAGCAGAGGAGGUCGUAUGACAAAGCCCACCACCAGUCCCAAGGGUCUAGGAGUUUCUCCCCUUAG